AUGGUCAGGAAAGUAGCUAUCGUUAUAGGAGCUUCCCGUGGCAUGGGAGCUGAUAUGGCCCUGGCAUUAGCCAAAGAAAAAUAUCACGUCGUUGUAACCGCAAAGAGCCAAGGAGCUGUUGCAGGAUAUGGAAAGGAGACCAAAUUGAAAGGCAAGAAGAUCCGAACCGUGGAUGACGUCGCUGCCGAAAUCACUGCUGCUGGUGGUACUGCUGAUGCCGUACAAGUCGAUGUCCGUAAGGUUGAAUCUAUUGACGAAAUGGUCAAGAAGGUAGUAGCCAUGCAUGGACGUGUUGACGUGUUGAUCUACAAUGCUGGGGCGAUAUGGUGGGCUCCAGUUAAAGAGACCAACAACAAACGAUUUGAGCUGAUGCAAGAGGUGAACGUCAGAGGCUACUAUGCGGCCGUUCAAGCUGUCUAUCCUCACAUGAUCAAACAAAAGAGCGGUCGAAUAAUUGGUGUAUCGCCUCCUAUCUACAGUAGAUUCUUCCGUGGCAAAACAAGCUAUGCAGUCGGAAAGGUUGGAAUGUCCGUCUUGACUAUGGGACUGGCCUUUGAGCUUGAAGGAUCCGAUAUUGCUGUUACAUCUAUUUGGCCAGCGACGGCUAUACAAUCUGCUGUUACAGAGAUCCGCUCAGGCACAAAUAUGGAAUCCUUGAAACACUUGCGCAAAGCAAGUAUCUUCUCUGAUGCCAUUGUCGGAAUUCUGUCCGAGCCCGCCGAAAAGGUCAAUGGACUUUGUGUCAUUGAUGAAGAUUUCCUUCGAGAUUUCAAGGGUGUGACUGAUUUUUCGAAAUAUCAAGUUGUGCCUGGAUUUGAACCAGCACGAAGCCUUCCAAAGAAAUUCCCAUCCUUGUUGGUAGCUGAACAGGCGGACAGAGGCCGACCUGUUACGAGUGUUGCACCAUCGAAGUUGUAG